CCCCGGAGCCCGCCGCGCCGCGCGCCGCCGCCUCCCGGCCCUGCCGCAGCGCGCCGCAGUCCGACCUCCGCGCCCGGCGCCGGGAAGGCCGGCGGACGGCCUCGUCACGUGUCCUCGGCGACCGCGGAACAGUUCCGGUGGCCUGGAAGAGUCCUUUCCAAAUAUAAGAGGAAUAAAGAAGUCACUUCCCCAGCUGUCAUCAUCUGCCAACAGAUUGAGCAAGAAUAUUUCAAGCACUACAGAAAAGACAGUCCAUCAAACCCUAGAUGAUGAUCAGCCAUGUGAUUUUUUCAAGAAAGGGAAUCGGGUGAAUCAGUGUCAUCAGAAAAGCAGCAAUAUGAAUGCUGGCCCAUCUUGGAAUAAAGCACAACGUUCAAAAAACUCUUCAGGAAAAAGGCAGAGUAAAUCCCAGGCACCCCAGGUGUCCCCCCAUCUGCCUGUGGACAGACUCAGAGAAAGCGUUUCCCCGGAAGGCAAACCCAAAAGGAGCCCCCUGGACCCCAGGUGUCGGGGCGCCUCGGGGAACGAGCUGUUUCUCGACCUUCAGUGCAUGAAAAUCAUGAAGGAGGGCGCAGACGAGGACGAGGACAGCGCCAGCGACUUGUCGGACUCGGAGAGAGUCCCGGUGCCGCCUUCCGCGCUCGCGCCCCCGGAGCUGCACCUGCGAGCGGAGGAGAUCGAUGCCGCCAGCCCGGACCUGGACCCGGACCCGCGGGGCACGCAGACCACCUACCGCUACGCGGACUUCCUCCCGGCCCCGUUCAGCUCCUGGGACCUCCGCGACCUGGCCGUGCCACCGGGCGCCGAGCCCAGGCCAGCGUCUCAGGGCGGCGCUGCGGGGCUGCUCGCCAGGUACAUCGACAGGCUGCUCCAGCUCGAGUGGCUGCAGAUGCAGACCGUGCAGGGUGAGAAGGGGAAGGGCGCCAAGGCCAGGCCUCCCACCGCCCCCGGCAUGGCGGGGGCUCUGAAAAGCCCAGGCAGAAGCAAGCUGGUGGUCAGCGCUCCCGCCAGGCCUCACCAAGAGGGGGCUCCCAAGCCAGGCGCUUCCCGAAGGAGAGACCUGCACCUCGAGGAAGCCCGUCCAUCCUAUUACGCCUUUGACACCCCCCGCAAAGCUGUCCACGUGGCGCGGAGCGGGGGACCAAGUUCGCAGAAGCCAGCCUUGGAGGGCAGGACAGAGGAGCAGAAAAAGAAAUGGAGUAAGAGCCCCAGGCCGCAGCGCCGGGACCUGCCCUGCAGUGACAGCGGCCCCCGCGCGGACAGCGGCGGUGGCGGUGCUUCGGCGCAGGCGGUGACCACCCCGGACUCCUGCGGAGCCCCCAGAGUGCAAGCUCCCGGGAACCUGAAGAAGAAGGGCAGUGCCAGCACCUGCUCUCAGGCCACCAUAUCCAGUGAGAAGAAAUUCAAAACCAAUGGAGUAAAGCCAAGCACACACAGAUUCAAAUAAUAACUGAAAUAAUGAAUUGCAAAGACCCGCGGAUACCUAAACAUGAGAGCUCUUGCACAAGUCACGAUACGGUGCAUUUUAGGACGUUUUAUGAUGACUGACAUGUAAGUCGUUGACUGGCCCUUUAAGUGCAUCCCCACCCUUACCCCAGCCACACUGGGCUUAUUUCCAAACAAAGGUGUCUUUCAAUAAGCCUUUCUUUGUUUUGACUGUCUUAAGCAAGUGAGAGCCCUUUUGAGGAACAUUUAACCAAGAUCUGUGCCAUAUGAAGAAAAUGACAGGGAAAGAGAGGUCUGAACUGGAAGCAGCAGCCAGCCCACAACAUAAGGCAGGCGGUAACGUUCAGCUCCCCGCUUGCAGUGCGCCUGCGUGUAGAAAGUAGCGCAUACGUACUGCUUUGAACCCCUGUGGGAUCUGAAACGUUUGAGAUCGAGUUCUUUUUUUUUUUUUUUUUUAAUCAAGUUUUUUUUUUGUUUUGUUUUGUUUUUUUAAUUUUUUUUCAACGUUUAUUUUUUGGGGGA